AUGUCAAGUCAAGAGCAACUUGAUAUGCCCAAUGAGAGGGAACCAUUACGCAAUGAAAUACUUCCAGCUGACAUAAAAAUGUGAAGAUCCCUAUCAUUGUGCUUUGCACUUGUAGUGAAUUUCAUGGUCAUUUUAUCAGUUUGUUUAGACUUUGAGAUUUUUCCCAAUAUAAGCUUUUUGUCCACUUCUAUUUAUCAAAAUUGAGAUUUUCAAAAGGAGCAAAUCGCUUAUUUCAUUUAUUGAAUUGGAAAAAUUAACAUUUGGUGCUGCAUUUCAAUUCUUUUAAUGUUUUUGAUUCUAAGGUGUCCUUCCGUAAUCAUUACAUUUUGGCAAAGAGCUCAAUCUUCCCAACAAGACACUUCAGGCUCAGUGAUACGCAUAAGUUUUUUACAGCAAUUAUGUAUCACCAUCAAGCAUAUUGUCAGGAUAACCGAAUUUUGGCAUUGCAUUGUCUAUUUAACAAUAUUAUGGCUCGGGUUUUCUGUCAAUAAAUUUUUCUAUUGCAUUUUGAUUUUAGAUAUAUGCUUUGUGCAUCAAAAUGCAAUAAAAAUUAUUUUUGCUUUCAGAAAGUUCUUGACUUUCUUAUUUACAUUUUCUUUUGUUUUUAUACAACUAUUUGAGAUUUUUGUGAUUUCAAGCUAUAAGUUCGAUUUUCAGGGUUUUUGUAUUUUUAUUAGUAUUUUAGCUAGAGGAUCUCUCAUUAUCCUUUUCGAGCUAUGUACUGUUAUAGUGGUAUUUAUCUCUAUCAAACAUGGCUGUGCAAUUAUUCUUAGAAAAUGGCGCGAACGGAACCCGGAGCAUUCAAUUUUUCAAAGAAUAUGAAGAUGCAUUGUUAAGAGUACAUCAAUUUUCAGAAUUUUUGAUAUGUGGCAAUCUGCAGGCUGCCUAACAAUUAUAAUGCUUGGUAUAAACGUGCACCCAGUAUGUUUCAAUCUAUUUGUCUUAGUCGGUCUUUAUACCUGCUCUUUUCAAAGUGCGGCAACCAUAAUCAUUAGAUUAGUAAAUGUUUGGCUUGUUAAGGCUAUUGCUUGUGUGGUCAUAAUUCAUUCAGUUACAAACAUCAGCUCUUGGAUUUACAGUGAUGAAUUUUCAAAUGAAUGUAAAAGUCUAUAUCUAUGCACUUUUGGAAUUUUUAAUGCAAUUUUCAAAAGAAACGAUUUCAUUAUGAGUCAUUAUUUUCAAGCAUCCCAAUGGGUAAGCUGCAAAAUAUUUCUUAUUCCAUCUACAUCAUGCUUUAAAAACAAAAUAACUGAAGUGAGAGCUUCACAGUAA